UAUAUGAGAACCGUCUGUAGCGUAACAACAUGAGAAAUUAAUAUGUCAUACCCUUUGACAUACGUUCUCUCAUUAUUCACACACAAGUUAAAUUCCUUGCCCAGAAGAACCACCACAACCCUUUCUUUAUUGCCAUGAUUCGUCCAUCUUGCUUUCCAUUUAAUCAUGAAGUUUUCUUCAUGUUCUCACUUGAUUUCUUCUCCUCCAAAGAAUAAUAUAUGCUCAUCAUACACCACCGUGGAGUUUCCUCUUUGUGAUUCCGUUUAUACUUUGUGAUCUCUUUUCUACAGCAACAAAAACCUGAAUUAUUCUGAUACCACUUGUUAAGAUUUGUUGAUCGUUAUAUAUUUUUUAAUACAGAUAAUUUGAUUUUCGGCCUUAAAUCGGUAUGUCUCGAGUGGGAACCGUCUCUCAUAACUUUCACUAUAAGUCAAAGGGUUUAGACAAAUACUUUAGUGCGCUAUAUGGGAAGAGACAACACAUAACUGGAACAACGCCCUCUGACUCUUAAGUUUCUUCUUUUAUUGUUUCUCUCAACUCUCUCUUUGUUCUUACGUUUAUGUUAUGUUUUGGGUUAUUUUUCACCGGAUUAUCCAAAUCGUUGAUAACACUCACUAUAUAUUUAUAUCCACGCUAUUAGUGAAUCCUAGCCUAGUCUCGUACAGUUUUUGGUUAAAUCCUCCCUUCUCCCAAUCUAAUAAUGAGUUGACCUUUUUUAUCCGAACGUAAAACGUUUAUGGAUAAACCGACACUGUUCACCUGUUGGGCCCUUUUUUGUGUUUGCCUGGAAUAAGAUAGGUAUUGGGCCAAUUUGUUCACAUUAACUAAGUAAGAUUUACAUUUUUCUCUCAACAUAUAGAUUUUUCUCGUAAUAUACAUUUUUGUUACUUCUAAAAGGCGGUGAUACACCAAACCCUAGUUCUAUCUUUUCUUAUAUAUGUAUGUGUAAGCUCAAUAAUUUUCUUACAGAAACCCAAAAACAUGGCGCCUCCAAAAGAGAAGAAACAAAAGCUUAGCACAUCUGAAACCAUAAGUCCCUCUCUCUCAAAGAUGAAGAAGAAGAAGAACAAGAGGAAGAAGAGGGUGAGCAAAUCACUAAUAACCUCAAGUCCCUCUCACUCAGAGAAGGAUUUGGUAACCCUAAGUCCCCCUCCAAUCUCAAAGGUUAAUGUGGAGAAAGCAAUGAAGAAGCAAAACGAUGUGGCUAUGUUUCUUACGGAGAAAGUUAUCUCUGCCGUAGCUAAAAACUCAAACUUCGUCUUCUCUCCUGCAUCCAUCAACGCCGCUCUAACCAUGGUCGCUGCUAGCUCCAAAGAGGAAAAACUAACAUCGUCCAUCUUAUCCUUCCUUAGGUCCUAUUCAAUGGAUGAGCUCAAAGCUGUUUUCAGCGAGAUCGCUACCAUGGUCCUCGCCGACGGAAGCGCAAGCGGUGGCCCUAAAAUCUCGAACGUUAAUGGAGUGUGGAUGGAGCAGUCGCUGGGCGUUGAUCCCUCGUCGAAGGAUCUCUUUGAGAAUUUCUUCAAGGCUACUUGCGCUCUUGUUGAUUUCCGAUUCAAGGCUGAAGAAGUGCGCGCGGAGGUGAAUGCUUGGGCUUCAAGUCACACCAAUGGUCUCAUCAAAGUUAUUCUUCCUCCUGGAUCCGUUACAAGCGACACCGACUCUAUUUUUGGAAACGCACUCUACUUCAAAGGAACCUGGGAACAAAAAUUCACAAAGUCUUUGACAAGACACUUUGACUUUCACCUUCUCAAUGACAAAUCAGUCUCUGUGCCUUUCAUGACGAACCAUAAGAAGCAAUACGUUGAGCAGUACAGCGAUUUCAAGGUCCUUAAGCUGCCAUUUCGGCAAUCCGGUGACACGAAUCGCCAAUACUCAAUGUAUUUCUAUCUACCGGACGCCAAGGAUGGAUUGAAUAGUCUGGUCAAGAGGGUGGCAUCAUCAUCAUCUACUCUUGGAUUCUUGGAUAGUCACACUCCAAUAAAACAAGUUGAAGUUGGUGUGUUCAGAAUCCCAAAGUUUAAGAUAGAUUUUGGGUUUGAAGCUAAAAAGGCUUUCAAUGGAUUGAAUCUGGAUUUGCUUUCACUGAACCAUAAAGCUUUGGUUGAGAUCGAUGAAGAUGGUGCAGAGGCUGCGGCUGUUACUGUUAUAAGACGCUAUGGUGGUAGAGGCUUCAGGUGUGGUAAGAGGAUAGAUUUUGUGGCUGAUCAUCCAUUUCUUUUUAUGAUUAGAGAAGACAAAACUGGAACUGUUUUGUUCGUUGGUCAGAUCUUUGAUCCUUCUAAAUCUGCUUCUCCUUAGGACCGACAAGAUUAUGAUUUUUUUUUUCCAUUUGGGGCACUUGAUCGCCAGUAACAUUCUUUUGAUCUUUUCCUGUUUGACCCCUUUGAGAAAAAGAAGAAUUCAUAAUUCACUGUUACUCUUUUGACCUCUUUCAUUUACGAUACAUCCUUCAAUCUGUGAUCAGUUUUACUUAUCUCUGGCGGGUUCUAGAUGAGCGCAAAUUAAAAUUCAUAAAUAUACAAUUCUAUUUAUUUAAAGAGUCGUUUUGUAACAGAUUAUCCAAACCCAAACAUCUUAAGACUGUUCUCAGAUUAUCAAAUCAAUAACGAAAAUUUUAUUC